CCUAUUUCUGCCCCCCUUCUUCUAUUUCUUUGGAACCCUAGCUUUUCCAUAGAGUUGCAGAGACGCAAGUCGGAAUAUAUAUUUAUAUAUAUAUAUAUAUAUAUACACGCAUAUAUAUAGAUAUUGUUGAGGUUGCACAAGAUGGACGGCGGUCCAGAGGCGAAGCUCUUGUACAAGCUGAUUUCGUACGCAGCGAGCGCGGCUCUGAGCUGCCUGGUCUUGUUCGUGGGGCUUCGAACGCUUGAUCCCAACCGUGAUGCCUCCAAGAAAGGGCUCGAACAGAAGAAGCAGAUUGCGAAGCGUUUGGGCCGUCCUCUCAUCCAAACCAAUCCCUACGAGGAUGUAAUAGCAUGUGAUGUAAUAAAUCCUGACCACAUUGAUGUGGAAUUCGAUUCUAUUGGAGGGUUGGAAACUAUUAAACAAGCUUUAUAUGAAAUGGUGAUUCUUCCACUGCGGAGGCCUGAGCUAUUUGCACAUGGGAAGCUUUUCAGCCCCCAAAAAGGGGUAUUGUUGUAUGGACCACCUGGCACUGGAAAGACCAUGCUUGCCAAAGCCAUCGCGAAGGAAUCUGGAGCUGUUUUUAUUAAUGUGAGAAUAUCAAAUCUAAUGAGCAAAUGGUUUGGUGAUGCUCAAAAGCUUGUGGCUGCUGUCUUCAGUUUGGCCUAUAAACUCCAGCCUGCUAUCAUAUUUAUUGAUGAGGUUGAUAGUUUUUUGGGCCAGCGUCGCACAUCAGACCAUGAGACAAUGACAAACAUGCAGACUGAGUUCAUGGCUUUAUGGGAUGGUUUCACCACAGACCAGAAUGCUCGGGUGAUGGUUCUUGCUGCAACAAACCGUCCAUCAGAACUUGAUGAAGCUAUCCUUCGCCGUUUUUCUCAGGCCUUUGAGAUUGGCAUGCCUGACCACCAAGAGAGGGUGGAGAUACUAAGAGUGAUUUUGAAGGGCGAGAGGGUUGAAGCAGACAUUGACUUUGACCAUAUAGCUGAUUUGUGCGAAGGCUAUUCUGGUUCUGAUCUCCUUGAUCUCUGUAAAAAAGCAGCCUAUUUUCCCAUUAGGGAGCUACUUGAUGCUGAGAAGAAAGGGAAGAAGUCGUCACUUGAACCAAGGCCAUUGUCACAGUUUGAUCUUGAAAAAGUUAUCGCCACCUCAAAACAGACGAGGGUUUCUGCAAGCGAAUACAAAAGGCUAAAGUAUCAAUCGCCAGGAUGGUCUGGGAAUCGGGAGGCAGGUGAUUAUAACGUACAGGCAGCAAUCGGUGAGCUUUCUAAGCUGGUGGUUUCCCAAAUUUUGAACCAUCAACCAGAUGCUGAAGAUCCGCAGGAAGAGUAGCCUCCUCCGAACCCUUUCAAGCAGGAGUUUUGGUUGGUUGUAUAAUUACGCCCUAGUAUUAAUUUGCUAACAGAAGCUGUGGUCUUCAAGUUGGGGGGGCGGCGGCGGCGGCAUUGGGCCAUUCUUAAGAUUUCUAGAUUAUCCAAAUUUGAUAUAUGACUGCUGGCAUAUUGAAUUGUACGCGAUAUAUUUCAUGUUGUUCAUAGCUCGAGGAAAAGCCAUUUGUGAUUUUGCCUAAGUUAUAAUUCUUGAUCGAGCACUGGAAUUCCCAUCCCUUUCUAUUUUGAUAUACAUCAUCGUUGGAGUAGUAGUAAUUCCUAUAAA